AUGUCGGUCACGUUAUCCUAUGGGAUUUCUCGAUUGUAAAGGAGUGGUUUAAUACUGUACGGAGCGGGAGUAUCGGGAAGUGAUAAAUCGGCAACAAUUCGAUAAAAUAAAAAAAAAAACUUGGGUAGUUACUCUAGACACUUCCUGUACUAUUUGUUUAAUAAUUUACGAAGUUUAUUCGGGUUUUAACACACAUUCUACCGCUGUAGUAUGUGACAUUUAUACAGCAAAUAUUCAUCCACUUAGGAUUAAACUCUUAUAUACCUACCUACUAUAAUAAUAAUAAUAAUAAUACGUGGGUAUAGUUCGCGAGAGGGUUGAGUAAUCGCGUAAAAACAAUUGGCGCUGACAGCGGGUGUAUCGAUCGUCCAUUUCCCUAAUGUCUGUGUUGCAAGGGUUAAGAAUAGUCUACCAUUAAAUCUUCCAGGGCAAACAGAAAUAUCAAAAAAUGGUGCAGGACCUCACGUAAUCUACUGCGCUUAUUGGGCAGUAGGUUUAGAGAUGCCCACUAUGCUCUCGGUUUUAGAAGAAGAAGAAGGCACCGUAAAUGGAUUUCCUUCUCACGUGGACGCCAGUGCAAUAACAAUUUUACCUCCGAGUCCGACUAAUAAGCCGCUCAAAACUUUUUUGGACGUACAAACGCUCGUGCUGCAGGGACGUAAACAAGAUGUUAAGAACAUACUUCGUAAUAACGGCUGGCCUGUAGAUAAUUUAAUUAGGAAACAGUUAUGGCCAAUGUUAUGUGGACAGCAUCACAACAGUAAAUCAAGUGAUUCGGAUGGAUUUUACUGGGACAUGGUUACGCAAGUGUUUGGUAGUACGGAAAUUCCCGACAAAUCGGUUAGCUUACCUCCGUUUGUGGAACCGGCUCACUGCCAGGCUUACUAUCUUACACAUCGUGGACGUAGUAUAGCGGAUCGUGUAGUGUCUGUUCUCGGAUACGCUUGCCCAGAUAUUGUGUAUAGUCCCAGUUUAUAUCCCAUAUGUGCACUGCUUCUUCAUUUCAUGUCGGGUAAGUACCAAUACUAUUUAUUACACACACACACAAGGGCCGAUUGUUGCUGAGUUCCAUAUUAAAGA